CCACUUCCGGGUAGUUUUGUAGGACGGCGGAGACAAGAUAAGGCAAAUAUAUUUAAUAGCAUUUAAUAGUGUAUAUGAUGGAAACAGACUGAAAGUCAAUAUAUCCAUAUCAUGUAUGAUAAUACAAAACAUAAUAAUGAUUAUAAAUACGUCGAUGCAGUGAGGUUGAUGUUAAAUAUAUUGAGAUUCAUUUCAGAUGUGAAUGUCAAAAGUACAGUCCUGUGUCAAACAGGUUAGACACAACCCCAGAUUUGGAGUAUUCGACAAGAUGGGGUCUGUUAUUGGGAAAGCUAUGGAUGAAAACAUGAAGAAGCAGCAAGAUUUCAUGCUGAAAACACAGCAGCUUCAGCUAGAGCGUAUGAUACAGAUGAAUAAUCAGAUGAGGGAACGAAUGAUGGCUGCGCAAAUUUCAAGAGCAAGGGACAUGUUUCACUUCUUCGCUGUUUUCUAUGGCUUUGCCUGUAUUGGUGGUAUAGCUGGGUUCAUGAAAAUGAAAAAACCAGGAGCUAUUGCACCACUCUUGCCGCUGACCUUUGUCUUCAUGUACCAGGGGGAUAUGGCUUAUGGUGACAAGAUGGUCAGAAUUAGAGAGGAGGCUGACAGAAUCAUGGAUAAGGAGGCACAUCUGCUAGAUCUCCCACACGGCCUGCCGACUUUCAGUAGUAUCGAGGCUGCCCGACUCAAACAGAUGGAUGAAAAUAGAGUAAACCAAGGCCAUGACAUAUUCUUGUAAUGCUGUAGUGACAUGUGAUAUUGAUAAUUAAUUGAAUGAGAGUUGUAUACAUGUUUAGAAUUAUUGAUGAGAAAUAGUGUAAUAAAAGAUCUCAGGGUCAGUAGAAAUUAGUAUUGAAUGUUUUUUCUAUUUAUGAGAGAAAAAAUUAGAUUUGAUAUUGUGAAUUUUCAUAAUGAAAGUCGUCAUUUAAAAAUGUGAAAAUAUGUUUGUGUAUAUCUGGUAAACAACAUACAAGUACCAGCCUGAGGGUAGAAUAGAAAAAUUACAUUAAUAUAUGAAGCAAGAACGAAUUGUGAAAUAAAAUGUGUAACACUGUUGUGAUGUAGAUGAUGUCAUACUAUUGUCUAAGUAGAGCAUACACUUGUCAUUAGAUCAAUCUUUAGCAUUGAAAAAUACUUCCCAAGUUAUGCAAUGUACAUAACGGAAUGUAACACUCCUGUUAAAAUUAUACUGAUUUUGAAUGUUUAUAAUUUCAUAACAAAUUAAAUAGUCACAUUAAAUACAUUGCAUAUUUCAUAACCACAAGUGUAAGAUUUUCUAUGUAUGUAGUUAAGUUGAUUUUUUCCAACAGACAUCUAUUUUAAGAAAUCUAAUACUAUCGUAAAAUUGGACUUAAUCUGUUAAGAAAUGACAGCUGUUGCUGAAGUGGUAGUGUAUAAUUACUAUAUAAAUGUUAUAUGACUGUUAUAUCUUGAAUAUAGAUAAGGGCUAUUUUGGUAAAACAGCUAUCCCACCCCAGGUCUCCAGGUUUUGUUAAGGGGUACCAUCCAUAGAAGUUAAUAAAUUAAUUAAAAUUAAAAAUGAUUAAUAUUUCUAAAUGCAUUAAUAUAUGAGAGUUUUAAUUUUAUAGAUACUUAAUAUAUCCACCAUGUUGUGAUUGCAUGAUAAUGUAGACUACAAUACAUGUGUAUUAUUAUAACAAUACUUUGAUUAUGUAGAAUAUGUAAUUAGCAUCAACUGCAUGCUUACCAACUUUCCAAAUGUUUUUAGGUCUUGAAAAAACUAAAAGUUCUAAAAAGAGCUCAAAAUGACCUCUUUUGCAAAAUUACUUUGUAAAAUGUCAUAGUUUAUGAUUUUCUAUUAAACUGCUUUGGAAAUUUUCUAUUAACAUACUUUGGAAUUUGGAGUCUCCUACCAAAGGUAAGAUGGCAAGUAUGCAAAUGAGAAAUAUAGUGUUCACAAAAUUUUAAUUUGUAUAUAAAAACGCUGUAUUUUCAGCAUGAACAUAUUUUA